AUGGUGCACGAUCGUGAAACGGAUAAGUUCAAAGGCUUUGCAUAUGUAGAAUUCAACUCUGCUGACGAAUUGCGUAAAGUCUUGGAAAUCAAUGGAGUGGAUUAUGGAGGAAGGCCAUUGAAGAUUGAUGUAGCCAGUCAACGACCAGGUGAUCGUGGAGGGCGUGGGCGUGAUCGUGGCGAACGCGGUGGUCGCGGUGGAAGUGGAUGGAAUUCGGUUGAUCAUAAUCGUAACCGCGGAGGCUUCCGUGGCAAUUAUGGCGGACGUCAACGACGUCGUAAUUCUGAGCGAAAUCACGAAGAGGAAGAAUUUGUGGAACAUCCCGACCGCCCGCAUCUUGUAUUAAAACCGCGCACAACGGAUCCAGCCGAACUUGAAGCGAAACGCCAACGAGAGGCCGAGGAAGAAGCAGCUCGUCGCGCCAAGCUGUUUAUCGCUUAG